UCGGGCACGCCGCGGGCAGCCCGCGCGGGGUCCUCGCCGCCAGCCAAGAUGGCUGCCCCCGCGGUGAGAGCUGCGCGAGGGUGGUCGCGGCUGGUGCUGAGCGUGCGCGGCGCUGCUCUGCGGCUCCCAGGGCUGACCCAGGUGCGGUGGAGCCGCUAUGGUCCCGAAUAUAAGGACCCCCAGGUUGACAAGGCGUAUUACCGCAAGCCGCUGGCCGAGCUCAGUGAGGAAGACAGGCAUGAGCGGGAGCUGAGGAAGACGCAGCUCUUCAAAGCCACCCCGGCCAAGAGCACCAUCUCCGUGUUCGAGGACCCAGUGAUCAGUAAAUUCACCAACAUGAUGAUGAAGGGAGGAAACAAAGUGCUGGCCAGGUCGCUCAUGACGCAGACUCUGGAAGCUGUAAAGAGGAAACAGUUCGAGAAGUACCACAUGGCUUCCGGCGAGGCUCAGGCCAGCAUCGAGCGCAACCCCUACACCAUCUUCCACCAGGCGCUGAAGAACUGUGAGCCUGUGAUCGGGCUGGUGCCCAUCCUCAAGGGCGGCCACUUCUACCAGGUCCCUGUGCCGCUGGGCGACCAGCGGCGGCGCUUCCUGGCCAUGAAGUGGAUGAUCACCGAGUGCCGGAAGAGGAAGCCCCGGCGGAUGCUGAUGCCGGAGAAGCUGGCGCACGAGCUGCUCGAGGCGUUCCACAACCAGGGCCCCGUGGUCAAGAGGAAGCACGACAUGCACAAGAUGGCCGAGGCCAACCGGGCCCUUGCCCACUACCGCUGGUGGUAGGGGUGCGGGGAGAGGGGCCCGAGCCCCGUGCGGGCUGCACUGCCCCGGCCCCAUCACCCUGCCGCAAGGGAACAUCAUGACUUUGGGCUCCCCGAGUCUGGCGGCAAUUCGGGCCCCUUCCGGCCGCCUUUUCCGGCCGCCUGGAGACCGGGGGACGCUGGGAGGAAGCGGCUCUCGUGUUAGCAAAGGUUUAUUAGAAAAUCUCCCGCUCCCGCGAGGUGCCCGCCACCAUUAAACCUGCAGCUGGGCUGCUCCCAGGC